UCGGGUAAAGUCUCAGUGGGGGUGGCGAGGUGAGAGACACUAAUUCUUUCUUUUCUAAUCCUCCAUUCUGCAAGUCUUCUACACUCACUGACAGAGUCCAACACAAGCUAACAAUUUUAGCUCUCUUUCACACUAACAACAACUGAAGAUGAGAGAGGAAUUGUCCGCAGUGGUUAUCGUGAUUUAAUUAUAUGUUCAUAAACCUGCAUUGACAACAGAAGAAUGUAAGAGAACCGGGCCGGGACAGAAGUCGAGAUGGGGGAAGCUCCAAAGGGUUUGCUCUCUGUGAUGCAGAAGCUGAAGGGAUCCACAGAGCUGGAGCUCAGGAUAGUUCUGUUGGGUCUGGACAAUGCUGGUAAAACCACAUUGCUCAAGUGUCUCGCCUCGGAGGAUGUGAACACCAUCACACCAACACAGGGCUUUAACAUCAAAAGCGUGGCCUCUCACGGGAUGAAACUGAACGUGUGGGACAUCGGAGGACAGAGAAAGAUCCGUCCUUUCUGGAAGAAAUACCUGGAAAACACAGAUUUAUUGGUUUAUGUCAUAGACAGCGCUGACAAGAAGCGCUUUGAGGAAACAGGAUUGGAGCUGUCAGAGCUGACGGAUGAGGAAAACCUCGCAGGCGUUCCCAUCCUCAUCUUUGCGAACAAGCAGGAUCUGGGUACUGCGUCUCCGGCCAGCGAGAUCGCCGAGGGGUUGAACCUGCACACGUACAGAGACCGAGUCUGGCAGAUCCAGGCCUGUUCGGCGGUCACAGGAGAGGGUGUACAGGAUGGUAUGAAUUGGAUUUGUAACAACCUCGUCAAAAAGAAAUGAACCUUUCUGCACAAGUGUAUGACAUCUCCUGCGCGAUAACCACAUGAUUUACAUGUAAUCAGUACAAUAAGCUCAAAAGGCUCCAACGGUGUUCGCAUUUUCCUUUAAAUCCACUGUUUCUAUGUUUUAUUGUAAAAGAGUAAUUGAUUAAAUUUUUUGAACAUUUGCCUUUAGUGUCAUUAGUUUUAGUAUGCCAUACAUUUCAGAUUUCACGAUUAGCCUACUGAGGGUAGGCUACGAACUUCAAAAUGACUAGAAAACAAUUAGAAAUGGGAUGCAUUCUACAGACAGACGUCUCUCACAAACAGUAACCGCAAUCUGUUUUGUUUGGGUUUGAAGAUAAAUCUUGGCUAAUGUAUUACACUGUACUUUUGAACUGCCUGUUGAUAAUUAGAGGAUAUCAUCACAGAUUUGUUGUCUGUUUUGUUUUAUUAGAUUAGCAAAUUAAUAAAA